AUGAAAAGUGUGUCACAAUCGGCAUCUAAAACAGUCAUUUCUUAUAUUUAUAAACUCAUCCAAACUAAUAAAUUUUCUCACUUGAUUGCGCUUAUUUAUGAUAAUAUUUUGGAAAAAUCCAACAAACCAUUCUUGAAUAAAGCACAAGCUGAGAUUAUCCUUUCAUUGCUCUGUUUACCAAAUCAAAAGAUUCCAAAUAUUGUGAGUUAUGCUGAUCUAUGCUUAUUACUUAAGGAUGCUUAUGAAGAAAAAUUUGGAAAUGUAUCAAAUAAAAAUGAGGAAAAUUUAUCAAAAUCUGAAGAUAGUUGGGAUGAAGAGAAUUUAGAAGAAAUGGAAGUUCUCUCAACAUUGAAUUCAUUUCGUACUAAAACACAUGCGCAGUGUUCAGAUAUUUUUAAUUUUAUUCGACAAGAAAAUUUGAUUCGUACAGUAAUGCGACAAGCAUGGAAAAUGCAAAAAUUAAAAAAAGAUUUGUAUGAAAUGGAACAAAAGAUGGAUUAUUUGGUUGCACAUUAUGUUGCUGGAAAAUAUUGUGCAUGUCAAAAUGGUGAAUAUUCAGAAUGUGAUUCAGGCUGUCAUACGGAUCGAAGUAGUUCAUCAAAUAAUUCAAUAACAAAAUUAUUCGUAACAAAGAAAGAUGAAACAAAUGAUAUGACAACAAUAAUUGAUCAGAAUUUUCUAACAGUAAAUGACAGUCGUAAAAAUAAUGGGAUGAAUUCAUAUCAGAAAACUAUGAAAUCACUGAAUGAAAUUGGAAAAUCAUUAUACGAUGAACAAAAUAUUUGCAUCAACAACAAGCCAUCCACUUCUUUCACAUCUAUUCGUAACAUACAAUCAAAUGAUUUCUCAUUAUCAAUCAAUCAACUAAUUUCUCCCAUUAUCAAUCAAUUAAAUCAUGAUAUGAUUGUAAAAGAUGAGAUAAUGUCAAAAACUGAAUUAGAUUCAAAAAAAUCAAUGAAUAUUUUAUCCGCUGUUAAUUAUAAUUUUUCAAAUGUUAAACAUACAAUUAAUAAUUUGUUAUCAAAUGAUACGAAUACAAUUAGUCAACAUAAUAAUUUAUCAAUGCGUAUGACGCAAUCAGUCAUUGGAACUAAUGUAUUGCCAAAUUAUCGAAAUAAAUUUGCAAAAUUACAACUUACAACAAAUUUUAAAUGUUAUGAUUAUGAUGAACAAAUUUCAUGUAAAAAAAUUGAAUUGAAAAAAUAUAUUGAAUUUGAUACUUCAUCAUUUUGGAAUAAAAAAUAA